AUGUUUCUCGCAAAGGCGUUUUUGGAAGGAGCAGAUCGGGGUCUUGGGGAAGCCCUUGGAGGCCUUCUUGGAGGAGGCGGUCGGAGAGGAGGACAGGGAAAUGUUGGAGGGAUAGUUGGAGGAAUUGUGAGCCUCAUCAGCGAGGCUGCAGCGGCUCAGUACACCCCAGAGCCGCCCCCCACCCAGCAGCAUUUCACCACCGUGGAGGCCAGCGAAAGCGAGGAGGUCAGGAGGCUUCGGCAGCAGUUCGCACAGCUGGCGGGACCGGACAUGGAGGUGGGCGCCACUGACCUGAUGAACAUCCUCAACAAGGUCCUGGCUAAGCACAAGGACCUGAAGACCGACGGCUUCAGCCUCGACACCUGCCGCAGCAUCGUGUCUGUGAUGGACAGUGACACGAACGGGAAGCUGGGCUUCGAGGAGUUUAAGUACCUGUGGGUCAACUUGAAGAAGUGGCAGUGCGUGUACAAGCAGUGGGACCGCGACCGCUCGGGCUUCCUGAGGACCUCGCAGCUGCAGAGCGCCCUGCAGGCCGCAGGCUUCCAGCUCAGCGAGCCGCUGCACCAGAUGAUCGUCCGCCGCUACGCCGACGACGACGGCCGCGUGGAUUUCAACAGCUUCAUCAGCUGCCUGGUCCGCCUGGAUGCCAUGUUCCGUGCCUUCAAGUCCCUGGACAGAGAUGCAGAUGGCCUGAUCCGGGUGUCUAUCCAGGAAUGGCUGGAGCUGACCAUGUAUUCCUGAGCUGGACCCUCCCGGGGGACGGGAGUGGCGCUGUCCUCGAGGCCGCUGCUCCCGCCCCGUCUCGCAGCUGCCCUUCCCCGGCGACCCUCCCGCAACCCCGCAUGUGUCUGGACUUGCGCUGCUUUUACCGCUUAAUUAAAACAGAUUUGCCGUGAGAGGUGUUGUGAGUGGUUUGUGCAUUAGCCCUCUGUGAUGCCGGAUUUCUCUGGACUUACAGCCGCGAUGGGGUACAGGGCGGAGCUCUGACAGUGAGUUUGAAUAGGCUAUUGCUCGUUUUCUGAACGAAUUCCAAGGAGCAGGGAAUCUGUUGUU